AUGUCGGUUUUACUGUCUUUGGUAAAAAAUUUAUUUCCUUAUUUAAUAAUUUUAAUAUUAUCGAAAAACUAUGCAACUGGCCGUGAAGUUUUAGAUUCGAAACAUAAACCUGAUGAUAGGUACAUAACCGAAAAUUAUAAAUCACCAUUUGAUUCUAAUUCGCAUGGUUUCGAUGGGGUACCCAUAUCUCACGGUUCAAACGAUCAAAAACUUGAAUUUAAAUAUCACAAUUAUGAAAAAUUAACAAAAUUUUUAAGAAUGACUUCAUCGAAAUAUCCAAGUUUAACUGCACUUUAUUCAAUUGGAAAAUCCGUUCAAAACAGAGACUUGUGGGUCAUGGUUGUAUCAUCAUCUCCAUACGAACAUAUCAUAGGAAAACCAGAUGUUAAAUAUGUUGCUAAUAUUCAUGGAAACGAAGCAGUAGGAAGAGAAUUGAUGCUGCAUCUUAUUGACUAUCUCGUUCAAAAUUACAAUACGGAUCCAUACAUAAAAUGGUUAUUAGACAACACGAGAAUUCACAUAAUGCCAUCGAUGAAUCCCGAUGGAUUCGAAGUAGCAAGAGAGGGACAAUGUAAUGGUGGUCAAGGACGUUAUAAUGCCAGAGGUUUCGAUUUAAAUCGUAAUUUUCCGGAUUAUUUUAAACAAAAUAAUAAAUCACCACAACCGGAAACGGAAGCAGUCAAAGAAUGGAUUUCAAAAAUACAAUUUGUACUUUCUGGAGGCAUUCACGGUGGUGCUUUAGUUGCUAGUUAUCCGUUUGACAAUACACCGAAUUCCAUGUUUCAGAGUUACUCUGCUUCACCAUCGAUAACACCCGACGAUGACGUUUUCCAACAUUUAUCAUACACAUAUUCUAAAAAUCAUUUGAAAAUGAGUAAAGGAACUUCGUGUAAAGCCGGAUCUCCAAGUUUUUCAAAAGGAAUUACAAAUGGAGCUGCUUGGUAUCCUUUAACAGGGGGCAUGCAAGAUUUUAAUUAUGUAUGGUACGGAUGUAUGGAAAUCACUCUUGAACUUUCCUGUUGCAAAUAUCCUCCAGCAUCAAGACUUCCACAAUUUUGGGAAGAUAAUAGGGCAUCAUUGAUAAAAUUUUUAGCGGAAGCUCAUAGAGGAGUUCAUGGUUUUGUCAUGGACGAACAUGGAAAUCCGAUUGAAAAAGCUUCUCUCAAAGUCAAAGGACGUGAUGUUGGAUUUCAAACUACAAAAUAUGGAGAAUUUUGGAGAAUUUUACUUCCAGGAUAUUACAAGCUUGAAGUUUAUGCUGAUGGUUAUCAUCCACGUGAACUCGAAGUCGCAGUAGUCGAACAACAUCCAACUCUCGUUAACAUCACAUUACAUCCAUCAAAGAUAAAUGUGACAAAGGGAAAAUUGGUGUGGGAAGAAAUAAUAACGGAAAGUAUUCCGACAUAUGAAUUUAACGAUUCAUCGCAUACUUCUUAUUCUGAAACUCCAUUUUUAAUUGCUGUUUCUGACAAAAUUUCUUACACAACCGAAGACAAUCAACAAGAGACAAUCUAA